AUUGUUAAUGUAGGGGUUGCAUCGUGAAGUUUGCUUCGGUGAUCUUGCAAAAUGUCUUUGCUGCCAAUGCCAAGCUGGCAAUUGACUGGUAAAUAUUCUUUUAAUUGUGACAAAAAACAUUAUUGAUGUGCUCUUUGAAUAGAGGGAUAUGUUGUCUUUUGCAACAAAGGGAGGGAACCCAACAACACUCAAGGCUGGUAGGCCUGAUACUAUUAUCAUUUGCUGCUGCGAAGUUGAAGUGAGCUGUGGUGAGGCGAAACCUCCUAGAAAAGGCAUGGCCCUUAUAGAUAAGGGUAGAGCAAGAAUUGCCGAGUUGUGCAUGCGACAGCUUCACGCUCGGCUGAAGCACGCUACAUCUACUAGUGAGCAGAGUACAUUUGGGGUUCUGAUUGCUCGCAUAUCGCUGGGGCUAACAAAGCUUCAGUUCAACAACAGCAACUACCUCUAUUUUGUCUUGAAAUCAAUAAAGAUACCCAGAAGAAAAGAAUGGUACAGAGACGUUGAAGUUUGUCUCGGAGCAUGCUUUAGCUUCAAGAUAAGUGCUACUGUAUGUAUAAUUUCUUUCAACUCAUUGCUGUCAAAUGGCUACAAGCCCUUAUUGAGCAAUCGCUUGGAGAGACGAAUGAUGGCAGCCAGUUAUCCAUACAUGAUCAAUGCUCUAGGCUGUUGAAGCCAACAGCCAGAUUCCUGAAAAGAAACAGUUUCUUUAAUGAUAGAAGCAAG